AUAACCAACGCCGACCUCGAGAACCUCAGCGACAACGACUUCGAGGUCAUCCGCAACGCGCUCUACAACUCGCACGUCAUCGUCCUCAAGAACCAGCAGGGCGUCUCAGCCCGCGCGCAGUACGAGCUGACCAAGCGCUUCGACCCGGCCUCGUCGACCUACGGCCACGGCAAGACGCUGGACGUCAAGCGGUCAAUGCUGCACCCAGAUCUGAAGACCGUCCCGCACCAGCCUCAGGUCCAAAUCAUCGGCCACGGACACUACGACGAGUACGAGGGACUCAAGGACUUCACGCUCAAGCACCCGCACCACAAGGUGUUCCACAAGACGGCGAUCCCCGACGAAGACGACCUCAACUUCACGCGGUUCUACCGCUGCCACAUCGAUGCGGCGCUCUACGCGCUGAGCCCGCCCAAGGUGACCACGCUCCUGGCCGUGAAGGUGCCGGCCGGUCGCCGCCAAACUCUCCGGUAUGACGACGGCACGGGCGACGAGCUGGACGUCCCACUGGGCACCACCGCGUUUGUAUCGGGCCAGAACAUGUACGAGCUUCUGUCGGACAAGGACAAGGAGUUUGUGCGAGCUGCCAAGGUCGAGUACGCGCCGCACCCGUACGUCUGGAUGUCGAAGGCGUCAUGGGACCGAAUGGCAAGCUGCACGAGUGAGCAGCGAGAACUGUUUUAA